UUCUCGCGAGACCUUAAACAUGGCGGAUUUGUAAUGAAUUUUCACCAACAAUAAAUGUGUGAUUUACAACAUUUGCUCGCGUGUGCAGUGACUAACACACGACUUUAAUUAGAAUAUAAUUCUGUUUCCUUGCAUAUCUAUAGUUGUAUCUUGAAACAUUGUUUCGAUCAUUUUAAUUAAUUUAAAGCAUUAUUUUUUACGAUUUAUUCGUUCGGAACGAACAUCGUUUUGCAAAGAAAUUUAAGUUCAGUCAUAAUUACCGAGGCCCAUUAUGGAAUUUAAGCCAUUUGACAAAAUAUUUGCCAAAGUCAAAGGUUUCCCCGCUUGGCCUGCACGGAUCGAUGAAGUUGGCCCAGAUGCUAAAAUUCCAAAAGGAAAAUAUCCAAUCUUCUUCUAUGGGACCCAUGAAACGUACACACUCGGACCUAAGGACAUAUUUUCCUAUGAGAAAUUCAAGGAGAAAUUUGGAAAACCACAAAAGAGAAAAGGUUUCAACGAGGGGCUAUGGGAGAUAGAACACAAUCCAACAGUCAAGUACCAACAGGCUACAUCUCAAGAAGAGGUCACUGAAGAAUUCGCAGAAGAGUCUGAUGCACCUGUUGACCAAGAAGAGGACAAAAAACAGAAACAGAAAGUAAAAGCAGCAGUGAAACGGAAAAAGAAGACCAGUCCGAGUGGAAAACCUGCAGCAAAAAGGAAGAAAUUGGAGGAAGAAGAGGAGGUUGAGGACGAGGAAGAAGAGGAAGUAGAAUCUCCAGAAGAAAACUCAGAUGCUGAUGAGGAUUUCCAGAUAGAUGAAGCCUCUUCAAAGAAACCGAAAAAGCGGGGUCGUAAAUCGAAAGCUAAAGCCACAACAGAAGAUGCUGACAAUGAUGCUGAUGAGGAAAAUACGCCUCUGAAAAAGAUUGCAAAGCCACGAAAACAGAGCACCAGCGCCAAGAAAGCUCCGAGAAAAUCUGAUGGCGGUAGUGCUAAAAAGAAAUCAGAAGCAGACGAUGUGGAAGUGAGUGACAGCCUGAGCUCUCUUAGUGAAAGUUCAGACGAUGAAAAUGACAUCAGUGUGUGGAAGAAAAAGGAGGAAGAAAGGAAAGUGGCCUUACAGAAGAAAAUGGACGAAGCGAAUGAGAGAAAGCGAAAAGAGGAACAAGAGCGACUGAAGAAGGCAAAGGAGGAAGUGAAGCGAGAACGGGCCGAAAUGGCGGAAGAACAGGACGAGGAAUCAUCUUCACCUGGGGAUAGACCCAAGAGGGACCGGAAGAAAAAGAAGUUCUUUGAUGGGGAGGAAGCAGAAAUAUCAACAUCAAAAACAUCUCCUGAAAAGUCUUCUGAUGCAAAAGACACAACGCCUAAAUCUUCUAAAAAAGACUCUGACAAAUCAUCCAAUAAAAAAGACGAAAAGACAAAAAGUGUGGACCAAUCAAAAACAGAUACGUCUGACCAUUUGGAAAACAGUGUAGGUGUUAGUAACAAAGACAGCAAAGUGAAAUCUGAAAAGACUGAAAAGAAAGACAGCAAAGGUAAAAAUGAAGUUAAAGAUAAAGAAACCCCCAAAGGGGGAAAAGGUGAACUAAAGGACAAAGAAAAGAACAAAAGUGAUAAGAAUGAAGUGAAAGACAGCAAGUCUAGGGAAAGCAAGGACAUUAAAUAUGCUAAAGAAAAGAUCUCAAAGCCAGAAGAGAAAAAAGACAUUGAGAGGAAAAAAUCAGAUUCGGAUAAAGAAGGACAAGUUGAAAAUCAGGAGCCAAAGAAGCCCGACUCCUCAACUGAUACAGAGGAGGAAAAGAGGAAGAUAGAGGAGGAAAUAAAACGGAAGAAGCAGGAGAAGUUAGAGAAACAGAAGGAGAAGGAGCGGAGAAUACGUGAAAAAGAAGAAGAGAAAGAACGAUUGAAGAAGCUCAAACUGGAGAAGAAGAAAGAGGAAAAGAAAAAGGAAAAAUUCAGCUUUGCUGUGACAGAAGCCAAGCUGAUACAGAUGGAUGUGGAGAUCAAAAGGUCCUUGCAGAAAGCUGGGAAUGCAGAUGUUGACAAGUGUAUUGCCAUCAUGCAAGACUUGGAGCAACUGCCGGUCAGCUACCUGAUGCUCAAGAAGAACCCAGACAUCAUGAAUACUGUGAAAAAGAUCCGCAAGUACAAGGGAAGCGAAACCAUCAAGAAAAAGGCAGAGUAUCUCUAUGCUAAGUUUAAGCAAAUUUUCAUGCUUGGGGACAGAUUAUCUGAAGAGGGCCUCAAGGAGCUGAAGGAAAAGCAGAACAACGACGCAGAAAAAACUGACAACAAGGCCGCUAAUGAAAAUCAGGACAAAAGUGUCACCACAAACACAAGUUCAUUUAUCAUGUCAAGUUUCACAGGAUUCAUGUCGUCAACAAACAUUGUAAUUCCUGGAUUAGAUUUAGUGAAUGCCGAUGAAAACAGUGACACUGAAAAAGGGAUGAAUGGGGGAGAUGUGGGUAGCAAUGGGCUGGAAACUUCGAUGGUGAAUGGGGAGAAUAAUGUAGAGGGUUUUGUGGGUGCAAAAGGUUUACAGGUGUCUCGUGCUACUAAUGGUGACAAUUUGACAAAUUCAGCAGAAUUCUCUGAUGCAAAAGUGAACAAUUUUGAACAAAUGGAUGUUGAUGUAACAAACAAAAGUGUUUCUGAGAAUAUCCGUGGUGACCAAAGUUUUGGUGUAAAAAUCAAUCACAUGGAUAGCAAGUCAAAGGCAGUGUCUACAAAAUCCAAACCUCAUGAGAAUUUUGAUGAAUUGGACCCAAGAAAUUUCUCCCCAAAAUUAAAACUUUCUGAUGAUCAUGAAAGUCAGGAUUCUGAAGAUAUUGACGAUGAUUUAGCGAAGUUUACAAAAGCGUCUGAAAUGCUCCACACAAUUGCUAAAAUGGCACAAGCCGACAGCGAACUUGCGGAACAAGACGAUUUCAAGAGUGAAUCUGAAAAUGAGGAUGAAGAGAGGGUAGAUCUCGAUGCCAGAAUAGCAGCCAUCAUUCAGGGAAAGGACUUCAAUCAGUCCCCAUCUGACACAGACGAGAAAAUGGAACCGGAACAAAUGUACGAUCCCGAAAAGCCCACGUCUGAUGAUGAAAAGGAAAAGGAGACAGAAAAGGAGGCGGAAGAUGUUAAAGAAGAAACAACAGUUGAGAAGAGUUCAGAAUCAGAAGAUGAAAUCAUUGAUGAUGAUGAGUUACAUAAUCUGUUAGGUGUGUGAGAGUUGGUAGGUUAGUUGGAUUUUAAUAAAAAUUUGUUAGGCUGCAGCUGAUUGGUCCAAACUAUUGUGUCGGUCGAUUGAUAGGUUGAAAAAGAUGUUGUUUUUUUUUCAAAAAAGAAAUGUGGUUGAUAUGUUUGUUAUGAAUGUUGGAAGAAGGUAGUUAUGUUAUGAAUGUUGAAAGAAAGUAGUAUGCAAUUGACCAGUCGCCAAAUACGCGAUCGCUCCGCCCACUAAGUUGUUUUCAUAAAACACUUUUUCCAUUACUCCGACAGUCUUUGUUUGUCGGACCAUAAGGCCGCAAUAAAGAAAUCUGAUUGAUUAUUACAUGAGUUCGAUUGACAGCUGGCGAGUGGUCAAUUUUAAAUGGAGCAGUAUAAUUAGUUUAAAUUUAAGUGUUUAAAUGAUGUGUUUGGAUGAUGAACUUAGAAAAAAACAUUACUUGGCAUUACUUCAGCAAAUGUU